AUGCGGGCAGGAGCCAUCGUGUCCAACCUCAACUUACCAGCAGAAUUCGACAAUGUCAAGGAGUGGCAUCUCACUAUCCUCGCCAGCGAAAGCCGUGCUGCAUUUCUAGGGAACUAUCUUCUCGCAAAGGCGAAAAUGGACCCUAGUCUCGUUGCAAUCGUUGAAAGAACGCCAGAUCGUGCGAAACAACUGGCAGUAUAUGACGGCAUUGCACGACUGCGGCCAAUAUGGGACGCUAUUUCCGAGGAAUAUGAUGCGAUUGUUGUACCAAGUGCUGUGGACGAAGCUCCCAAGGGCCUUGGAAAUACUGGCGAUCCCUUUGUAUGUGCAAUAUGGACCAUGUUGGGCGUUCCCGCAAUCAAUAUCCCUGGUUUUGCUGGUAAAAACGGGCUACCUAUUGGGUUGAGUCUUGUUAGUUCACGUUACAAUGACUUGUAUCUUCUUCAAGUUGCGGAGUUAGUUGGUCCACUAUGGGAGGCUGGAGGGAAUUUCCGAUCUAAGUUCCUCGAUGGCCCUUAG